CUCACCACUCACCACUCACACAGAAGAGACUCCCUCCAACGGCGACGAAUCGUGACAUUGACAGCCACGAGUGCGACUACUAGCAGGCGUAUGCACGAUCUUCACAGCUCCUGUGGGUCGAAGUGAGAUUUGUGAAAGCUGGACCGUGCUCCGCAAGGUUUGAGCCAAGCGUCUAUACACCUGCACACCUGCAAUCACGAAUGUCGCGUCAAGCCUUGAUACGCUCCUUCUACGCCAAGCUGGACGAGGGCCUGCAAGGAGGAGAGUUGGAACAAGCGGAGAGACGAACAACGUCGCUUAUUGCAGCCUUGGAAGCUGACAGCGGUGCCCGAGCAGCGCGUCACCAAGCCGGCACCGGUCUCAUUUCUCUGAGCGCACGCUUAACAUGCGAAUCGCUGUCCCUCUCCGUAGAUCCGACAGCCUUUGAGAAGGCGUCCGGAUUGCGACCUGCGGUGUUCAAAAGCUGUCUCUCGGAGCUGCGACCACUAGUGAAGAAGAUCUUGAGCGCCUCAACCGCCUCACCUCGUUCGUCGGGCAGAGUGGGCAAUGUCUCUGCUCAGAGCUCGCUGGUGAAUGCGUCAGGUCAACUGGGUGAUCGGAGUCCGGAAGCUCUCAAGGCCAGAGCAGCAGCGAUCCAAAGCGGUGCAGCUUUCGGCAGAGGAUCCUCCCUCGACCAAUCAAGCGCUCCUUCCACGCCAUCUAAGAGAAGCGCUGCUCUUGCGUCAUCACCUUCCGCUCGAGUCGCUCAGGCCAAAUCUGCAACUCCGCCCAAGUCGUCCAAGGGACAUCCGAUCGUGCAACCCGAAGCGUCUGGCUCUGCAUCAAAAGCUUCACCAAAUAGCGAUCAGGACAGUCCAAGAUCGGUCCGCUUUGAAGAGGCGCUGUCAGGCCCGAGCAUCAACGACGAGCCAGACACGCCCUCUCAUCGACGCGGCUCAAGCGCAGUGCAAGCGCAUCCUGCCUCUUCACAGCCUCACACGCCUUCCAGAGGAUCGAGACUCAGGAACAUCCUGCCGGUCGAGGUGGAUGAUGACGAAGCAGAGAGCGAGCCAGAUCAUGCGGUCGAGCGUUUCGUCCUGCCUGGCCAGACACGAAAGCGCAGGCGAGCUGCGCCCGAGACUCGCAGACAAGAUGACCGUGCCGAGGCACCCCGAACGGCUCCCAGCUCAUUCCUCGGUGAUGACGACGAGAAGAUACCUAUUCGUUUGAGACAUGAGCAAUCACAGCUCGAGGAAUGGUUGGAGAAGAACGCUGGAUGGCUGGGCGCAAUAGGAGAUGAGGACGAGGGCGAAGGUGGGCAUUGGGAUGAGGGAGGGUGGGGUCGUUUGCACACGAAAAAAGCAAGAUGACGCAAGGUUUGCAGCGAAAUCAGGGAUCGCACGUCUUGCGGCCACUGCGCGCGUUCAGUGCUCACACACCCCCAAUCAGCGUCGCAAAGUUCGCACAAGCUGUACCGUACCCGUAUGAACAAGUCAAUGUAAAGAGUAUGG